UCCUUCAUGCUCCACCAGCCUUUCGAUCAGAUGCCCGACACAAUUGUCAGCGCAGACCCAUGGCGGCGCCUCCACAUCCACGAGCAGAUGACGCUCAAUCACUGGCAGCAAGGCCAUGACAUACCCAUACCCAACCUUCACGACGCAGAUUUCCGCAUCUUCCACGGUGACUAUGAGGACAGCAUGCACAAUGAUGGCGGUCCACUGAUUUCACCACCCAUGGGCUACGUCCCAGAGACCAGCUGGGCGUCAGAUGUCGAUAUGGGAUCACCAUCAACUGCAGCCUUUCCAGGCGACCCUUCAGACGCCUACCACACCACGCGACACACCGCGAACCACCACCUGCACAUACCUCCACGACACGAGCGGAUCACCUCUUCUGUACACAGCCCUCGCAGCUUAUACGGAGGCCUGAGCCCACACACCUCUUACGCGAAACUCCAAGAAACAUCCUCCUCCAUCAGAGAAGAGAGACCAAACCUCACCCGUUCCAUCACAGCCCCAGCAGCACCCGACCACCGACCGCGCAGGGCCCCCAACACUUCCGGCACCCCCUCAAUCAAGCGUUCCGGCAGCGAGGACGAAGACGACGAAUACGUCCCCAGCGAAGAAAUCAAACCCCGAGGCCGAAAACGUCAACGCAUCCCCCACACCGCCGUCGAACGCCGGUAUCGCGAGAACCUCAACGCCCAUCUCGACAAACUCCGGCAAACCGUCCCGUCCCUGGCAUCCAAGCGUUCGGCCGGAGCUUCCAAGCCCGGUGAUGGCCUGGGCGAAGGCGUCAAGCCUAGCAAAUGUGAGAUUCUGAACGGUGCGAUCGAACAUAUCGGUGCGUUGGGGAAGGAGAAUUCUGCGCUUCACACGGAGGUUCAGGCUCUGAGGUCGAGGUUGGAGGAUUUGGAGAGCUGGUGCGGCGGGGCGGCGGCGCAGGGUUAUGGGAAGUGAAUUUGUAGAAUGCUAUGUUUGGAUAUUCCGGCGGAAGGGUGGGUGGGCUUUGUGUGAGUGAGUGAGUCGGGCCUUUAGCGGGGGUGUUGUUGAAGAAAGGAGAUUUUGGAUAUGGAUAUGGGAUGGCGAGAUCUCGUUAGGUAACUUAACCUUACCUCCUUGCUGGGGAAAAUGAUGUUAUGAGGGAUGAUGGCGUUGGAAUUGGUUAUUAUUAGGUGGGGAAGGAUUCUGGAAUUUUUUUUUCUUCUUCUUUUCUAUGGAGAUACCCGAAAAUGCAUGCUUGUUCAUGUUCAGAUCUUGCUGUCUAUGUACCACUUUUUAUCUUCAUCGUACCUUACCUUGUGGUCAUAGUGAACACGUAUAGUAGUAGUACGAAUCGAAGAUAAAAGGUCGCCAGUUUCGUCAAUGAAAGGGCCUGGGAAG